GCAGCUCGGGCUCCAGUGCGGCCGCUGAUUGGUUGCUGAAGGCUUGGUCCCAUCCCAGUGACCCCAAAGUGCUGGAGGGAGGGGGUGGGGGUGGCCCAGUGCAAAGUGCAUCCCGAAAGCCCCCUGUCCGGACAUCCCGCUGUUAGCACUUCGGACCCCGGAAGACUUUGGGACCUCGGUGUCUCCCGACCUCCAGAGUCUCUCGGUAGCUGGAAGCCUCCGGCCCGGCGCGCGGCAGAGCCCCCCUGAUCUGAACCCCUGGACCGGGACUGCCCUCCCCCUACCCCAACCCGAGCGGGCACUUCGCCCCUGCACCCCUUCCCCGAGGCUGCUGGGCGGCCGAGACCUCCCCCCACACAUCCCGCAGCCUGCUCGGCUGUCUGGAUGCUCUCUGGGCUGGGGCCGUGAGGCACGGAGGAAGAUCAGGAGCACGGUGUCCGGCCCUGCCUGUGGUGUUUCUUCAAUGGAGAAGUUGGUGAAGGUGGAGGAGGUUGAAAGGAGGAAGGAGUGCUGCAGCUGAGGAGACAGAGUCCUCUCCUCAUCCCUGGACCACUCGAGAGCAGGAAGGGGGUCUACCAAGUCACCAGAGAAGCAGCAAGCGGAGUACUUGGGUCUAGCAUCCUCUAUAAAGGUGAAGAAGGCUCUUUUGCUCUUAGCUUGUACACACUCAGACCCAGUUCCCCAUGAUGCUGUAUCUUCAUGAUGGUUAUUAGGCAACCCGUAUGCCAGGAAAAGAGACACUCUUCCAUAAGUAGGCCCAAGAUAGCUGCCAAGAUAAUCCUCCUGUUCAGAAAUACUCUGCUAGAGAUGGUUGUUUAGAGUGAAUAGCUGAUUCCUGUGACCUAAUGAAUCCUUUGUAAGAAGUGGACUCUGCUAGGAUGUUACACCACCAUUGUCGAAGGAACCCUGAGCUCCAGGAAGAACUGCAGAUUCAGGCUGCAGUAGCCGCUGGGGAUGUUCACACUGUACGGAAGAUGUUAGAACAAGGCUAUUCUCCAAAUGGCCGAGAUGCUAAUGGCUGGACCUUGCUUCAUUUCUCUGCAGCAAGAGGAAAGGAAAGAUGUGUUCGAGUAUUUCUAGAACAUGGAGCGGAUCCCACGGUGAAGGACUUAAUCGGAGGCUUCACCGCUCUUCAUUAUGCAGCCAUGCAUGGCCGGGCCCGGAUCGCACGCUUGAUGUUAGAAUCUGAAUAUAGGAGUGACAUCAUUAAUGCAAAAAGCAAUGAUGGCUGGACUCCCCUUCACGUGGCUGCCCACUACGGCAGGGACUCUUUCGUCCGGCUCCUCCUGGAGUUCAAGGCUGAAGUGGACCCACUCAGUGAUAAAGGUACAACACCCCUUCAGCUCGCCAUCAUCCGAGAGAGGUCAAGCUGUGUGAAGAUCCUCCUAGACCACAACGCCAACAUCGACAUUCAGAACGGUUUCCUGCUGCGAUACGCCGUGAUCAAAAGCAAUCACUCUUACUGCCGAAUGUUCCUUCAGAGAGGGGCAGACACAAACUUGGGGCGCCUAGAAGAUGGACAGACUCCUUUACACUUGUCUGCCCUUCGCGAUGACGUUCUCUGUGCACGGAUGUUGUAUAACUAUGGUGCAGACACGAACACAAGGAACUAUGAAGGUCAGACCCCACUGGCUGUUUCCAUAAGUAUUUCGGGAAGUAGUCGACCAUGUUUGGAUUUCUUACAAGAAGUCACAAGACAACCCAGAACAUUGCAGGACCUGUGCCGAAUUAAAAUUCGACAGUGUAUAGGCCUUCAAAACCUGAAGCUGCUUGAUGAACUACCAAUUGCCAAGGUCAUGAAAGACUACUUAAAACACAAAUUUGAUGAUAUCUGAUGCACCAGGACUCUGAGCAAGAUUAGGAGUUAUUCCAGAUACUUAAAGGCUUUUGGCCUUGCACAAAGUAUAUCCUAUGCAAUUUCUGAUUUGCUGUGAAGUCAGAAAGCAGGUAUACACUUAUAGGUUUUUCAUUUGUUUGGUUUUCAUUGUAGGGGAGGGGUAUAUAUAUAUACAUACAUAUAUAUAUGCAUAUAUAUAUGUAUGUGUAUAUAUAUAUAUAUAUAUACACAUACACAUAUAUAUAUAUACAUACACACAUACAUACAUACACACACACACACAUACACACACUGUGCUUGAAGGUCUUAAUUUGGUUUCUUGGUCCAAGUUUAUGAGGUCCAAGCCUUUCUAUAUAAUAAUUGCAUUUAGAAAAAUUCUUUUUCCUAAAUGACAGAAGCAGGUUUGAAGUAAAAGUUUUCCCUUUCAAUCUUAAAGUUUUAUUCCUGAACAAGGUACUAGAAACCAGUAGAACACUGUUCAAGUUUGGCCCAGUCUUACCCAAGGGGUCCUGGGUUAUACUGGAAAAUUCACUAUGAAAAAAUUUAAAGUAAUGCUAUCACCUCAUUUAUUUUUAAUGAGUGCAGAUUAGCUGUUUCAAACUGUUCUUUCUUUUUUCCUAAUUAAUGUAGCCUUCCAUUACAGAAACCCAGAACCUCCACUUCCUUUGGUGUGCACUUGUUUUUAACUUAUUUUUUUUUUUUAAAGAACUGUAGGACACUACUCUAAGAUGUUUCAACUCCUGUCUCUUGUUCAGUUGUGCUUAAAAAAAAGAUGGGAAAAGAAAUAUUUUUAAAAGCCAGUGUAUUCUGUUUUUGAAAACAGUACCUCUAGUGCAAUACUCUUUCUCCAUGUGCUCUCUCAUGACGUCACUUGCUGUUCACCUUCCUCAGCGGCUUGGGUGCGCCCUGAGCCAGGAGCCACCACUUCUGUUUUCAUUACAAAUCCAAGGUGUGCCAUGGGGAUUCCAUUUUAAACUUUGUGUCUUUUUUCCCCCCACCUUAAGCAGAAAAUUUCAUAUCCUGGGGCAAAGUUCCCUGGAAAUAGUCUAAAUUCUUGUUAAACCAUUUGGCUUCAGUGGUUAAAAACUUUGGGGGGUUUCAUGAUGGUUUUUCCCCCCUUCCUGGUGAUAUAUAUAGAUAAAUAUUUUUAAGAGUGAAUUCUUUAAUGGGUGCACAUUUGUGAGUCUGGCUAAUUCCUAAUAUGCUAACUAAGUAUUUCCUGUCUAUUUUAAGGAUAGGUACAGUGAAGCUCUUCAGGACAGAUUUCUUUUCUGGGUUGAUUGGGCCUGUGUGUUCAAGACAAACCCACUUGCAGCAAAGUGUCAUAUCAAGGGCAGAGGUCACGGAGGCACUAGGCAUCAGCUUGGUGCCCUUGGAACGGGUUCUGUGCUUUGUUUGUCAUUAUGUUAGCUUCAGGAGAGACUUCAGAUUUUCCAUGUCAUCCUAGUGCUUCAGCAAACUUUCAAGAUACUUAUAUACUGUUAGUAAACUUGUUUCUCAAGUUUACAACAGGAAAGGCUUCCCUUUUCUUGUCCUAAUGCUACUUUUCUGACAUGGAGUAUGAAACUCCUCCACCUGGAAGUGUAGCAAAGCAGAAUUAGGAGUAUACUCAUGUCCGUUCUCUUCGUGAGCCAGCAGAGUCUGCUCUCAGCUGCAGCCACCUGGCCGCCAAACAGUUGCUGUGCCGCAGGUUUUAAAGAAUGGGCUGCUUUGGAAAAACAAUGGAUGAAGAAUCACUGGUGUGGCCCAUAGACCAUUGCAGGCAUCCUGAGGCCUGAGUUAUAACUGUCCCCUACUGCAGCUGGAGCCUGAUGGGUAGGAAUGGGUGGCAGUGUGACCUCAUCAGAAAAGUUAUCUUCCUGGAGAUUCUCUAGUGAAGACAGCUGCUGAGCUGUGUUCACAUUCUGUAUUGAAGACUCAGGUCAGGGUUCCAGGUUAGCAGUGACUUGAGUGCUACUUCUAUUAAAACCUCAAGCGAAGGAGCAGCAGGGAGCCCAGGUUCUGUGCUCUGAGCAGUGCAGUUAAGGUUCCAGUUGCACAGGGCCAAUUUCCACAUACAUGUGUAUUAAUUUAUUCAGUUAGCUCAAAAUAAUUCUCUCCCCAGUCAUUCAGAAGUUUCCAAAGGAAGUUAGCCACUGAUUUGAGUCAGGGAAUUUCAAGUAAAAAGAUCAGACAAAGGCAAAUUCUUUAUUCUGCUAUACUGCUGUUGUGACUUCAGAGAAAUUAUGAGAACUCUUCCUGGAAUUGAGAUUUCUAUUCAGUGAAGAAGCAUAUCAUUCCAUUAUUUAUUGUUUGAGGUUUGAUUUACUUGGAAGCUUAAAAAGAAUGCUCUUUGUUAAAAGAAUUCCAAUCACAUACUGUAUUUAACAGUAAGUGACACAUCUUGUAGUCGGUAGUGGUGGUGCUGGUGAACAUGCAGGUCCACACUUGAAUCUGAUUGUCCGGGAAGCUUUCUGUGGUCACACGAUGAGCAGCAAGAACAAGUAUUUCAGAAAGUCAACAAUUGGUUUUCCCAGAGUCUUGACUAAAGUGUUCAACAGAUUACCCAAUUUGUCACUGAUGCUUUUGUGUUUCUUUUGAAAUAUAUUAUUUAAGCCUAUUACUAAAAUUUUAUAACAAAUAUAUUUGGCAAGUACACCAAAGAAACCAGCUCAUAAAAGAUUAUGAUCAUUAAUGAACUGCAAAACCUCAUCUUUUGAAAACAAGGGUGUUUUGUAAAUAUUUGUGUUUAUAAAUGUACAGCAGAGUAAGAGUGUUUUUUAGAUUAUUUAAUUCCCAUAUUUCUAAACUAUUUACUACAGAAUAAUCUACGCUCAUUAGUUUGGCCGACUUGACUGUUUCGUUUUUCAAUUCAUUAUCAGUCAUGCUUGGAACAACCUUUCCACUAGAGAAUUCAGUGUUCUGGCAGUGGCCGGAGUGCACAUCUGGAGCCUGAGGGAGUCUAGCUUGACUUGUCAGGUGCACACCCUUGUAAGAAACGAGAAAGUGGAGCUUCUUGCGGAGUGGACCAUCCCCCACGAGAGUCUGCCUUCCCUGCGGGACCACUCACUAGCCCAGGAUGUGAUUGGGACGAGGCUGUUUGCCCACAGAUUGAUUAGCUUUCAUGUAACUCCCAGUGUGUUAUAGCAUAAUCUAUUCUGUUCUUCCUUUGUAAUGUAAGUUUUGCUUUGGGUCAGUUUGAAUUAAAAAAAAAAAAACUUA